ACUAGUUACAGCUCUUUCUUCCCUUCCCACCGUCCUGCCACCGCAUCGCCCUCAUCCCGCCACCAUGGCAGCAAUACCUGCCCAUACUCUGAACCUAUGCAGCGUUCUAUCGGAGGCAAAGAGGAUCGUCAAUGCCCACUCCCGCCACUUCCUUGCCUUAUCCGUCGUCUUCCUCCUCCCUCUCUCUUUCUCUCUCAUCAUCUACCCUACUCUUCAGCUCUCCCUUACUCAAAUCGACGUCGUUACUACACAGUUCUUCAUAGUCGAUUCGCCGGAUCUUCGACAAUCCCUAACAAUCCCUCUCCUCUACAUCCUCUUUGUCUAUAUUUUCUUCCUUGGUGCCAUUGCCACAAUCACUUACAGCACGUUCCAUGGUUUCUAUGGAAGACCAGUCCGGUUUUUCCCUGCCAUGAAAUCCUUAGGCUUCUCGUUUUUCCCACUCGUUUCGACCACGAUCGCUGCUCAACUUCUCCUCGGUCUCAUCUCGCUAACUUUCCUCCUGUUCUUUGUGGUAAUCAUCAAGACGGUCGAAAACCUAGGCUCCGAAAUUGAUUACAACUCGAAUUACUUUAUCGUGUUUUGCGCGUUUGUGGCUGCGGUGCUAUGUUUGGUCAUAAUCUAUUUCCAAGUGAAUUGGUCACUGGCUUGUGUGAUUGUUGUGGCCGAAUCAAAAUGGGGUUUCGAGCCACUGUGGCGAAGUUCGUAUUUAGUGAAAGGGAUGAGAUCCAUUUCCUUGUCAUUACUGUUGUUUUUUGGAGUUUUGAUUGGGUUUUGGGUCUGGAUGAAUUCGAAUAACGUGUUGCAUUUCGAUGCUGUUGGUGGAUGGAGGAGCUGGCCUUUCGUCUUGCAGAUGGUUAUUGGUACAAGUCUCUUGACUCUGCUUUUGCUUCACAAUACAGCAUCCAGUACUGUGUUCUAUAUGUACUGCAAGGCUUUACAUGGGGAAUUGGCAACCGAAAUCGCUGAGGAGUUUGCUCGUGAGUAUGUCAGCUUGCCUUUUGAUGAUCAGAAGGUCCCCCAUAUUGUUACUGUUGUCCCAACUUGAUAAUGGAGGUUAGUGGAUUCUACUCCACAAAACAGGUUUCUUAGUUUUUCUGCUUAUAGGAAUCUGUGGACCCUUUGUAGCUGAUUCCCACAAUGUGUGGAUAUCAAGAAUCAUGGUUCUUUGAAUUUCAGAUGUCAAUCAUGCAACUUUUAAACUAUAGUUGUGUUUUUUUAAAGCAAAUGUGUUGUAGUCCCUUGAUGGAUCUUGUAGAUUUAUGUUUUGGAUGGUAGCUUUAUAUGCUGUAUAUAAUGGUUAUGUUCUUUAUAAAGGUAUAUGUGGGACCAUGUGAUUCUGCUAAUUAAUAUAAUUACUAGCAUUUUAUUUUG